AUGGCGCAGACGGAGCCCCCGAAGGCGGCGCGGCUGUGGCGUGAGGCCGCCCUGCGCGCACGGAAGCUGCGGGACGAGCCCGAGCCCGAGCCCGAGCCCGAGCCGGACGCGGGGCCGCCGGGGGGGCCCCCGCAGCCCCCCGCCGCCGCCGCCGCCGCCGCCGCCGGGCCGCGCCGCCCGCCGCCGGCCUCCGCGCUGGGGGAGCUGGAGGCGCUGAACCUGAGCGGGCGGGGGCUGGAGGAGCUGCCCGAGGAGGUGGGCGCCGCCCUGAGCGGGCUGCGGGUGCUGAGCCUGCGGCGCAACCGGCUGUGCCGCCUGCCCGCCGCCGCCCUGCGCCACCUGGGCCGCCUGGCCGAGCUCGACCUCAGCCACAACCGCCUGCGGGGCCUGGGCGACGGCGGGGCGCUGGCGGGGCUGCGGGGCCUGCGCAAGCUCAGCCUCAGCCACAACGAGCUGGGAGCGGAGGGCACCGGGCUGCCCGCCCGCCUCGCCGAGCUGGGCCGCCUCGAGGAGCUCGACCUCAGCUUCAACCGCCUGCGGCGCCUGCCCGAGGGCCUGGGGCGCCUGCGGCACCUCCGCGCCCUCGACGUGGACCACAACCAGCUGCCCUCCUUCCCCGCGCCGCUCCUGGAGCUCGCCGCCCUGGAGGAGCUCGACUGCUCCGGCAACCGCCACCUCGGGGCCCUGCCCGAGGGCAUCGCUGCCCUGCGCCGCCUCAAGAUCCUCUGGCUGAGCGGCACCGGGCUGGCGGCCCUGCCCGAGGGCCUCUGCCAGCUGGGCGCCCUCGAGAGCCUCAUGCUGGACGGCAACCAGCUGCGGGCGCUGCCCACUGGCUUCGGCGGCCUGCAGCGGCUCAAGAUGCUGAACCUUUCCUCCAACCUGCUGGGGGAGUUCCCUGCUGCCAUCUUGGCGCUGCCGGGGCUGGAGGAGCUCUACCUGAGCCGCAACCAGCUCACUGUACUGCCUUCUCACCUCUGCCAGCUCCGCCAGCUGCGCACCCUCUGGCUGGACAACAACCGCAUCCGCUACCUGCCUGACUCCAUCGUGCUCCUCCACAGCCUGGAGGAGCUGGUCCUGCAAGGCAACCAGAUUGCCAUCCUGCCCGAGGGCUUUGGGCAGCUCUCCCGUGUCACCCUGUGGAAAAUCAAAGACAAUCCCCUCAUCCAGCCUCCCUACGAGGUCUGUAUGAAAGGCAUCCCCUACAUUGCAGCCUACCAGCAGGAGCUGGCCCACUCCCAGCCCGCCCUCAAGCCCCGCCUCAAGCUGGUCCUCAUGGGCCCAAAGGAUGCGGGCAAGACCCUGCUGAGGCGAUGCCUCAUGGAGGAGGAUGGGCAGAAGGAGGACUUGGGGAGCCUGGAUGCAAGCAACACGCAGCCCAGAGGUUGCCCCGGGCAGCAGCAGGACGUUGGGAGAGUGCCAGUUGUGUGCUGCCCCUUCCUGGAGGACUCUUCCUCAGUGCGAGUGCCUGCUGUGCAACAGCCAGAGCACUUCCCCGUUGAGCAGCAGGACGUUCCUUCUCAUGUUCCCUCCCACCGAGGGAAAGGAGAAACACCGUGCCCUGCACCGUCGCUGGAUGCCUCCCAAGUAGCAUCAGGACUGGGACUGUCAGGCAGCAAGGGCAUCGAGGUGAUGGACUGGACAGCGGAUGCGGAGAGGGGCCUGACGUUCAUUGUGUAUGAGCUGGCGGGAGACCCGAGCUAUGACGUGAUCCAGUCUUUCUUCCUGUCUCCUGGAGCCUUGUAUGUGCUGGUGGUGAAUCUGAGUGCCUAUGUCCCUCAGCGCUUCUACCCCUCUGUGGGCUAUUUCUUGCACUGGCUCGGUUCCAAGGUGCCCCAUGCUGUGGUGUGUAUGGUGGGAACCCACGCUGACCUCUGUGCGGAGCGGGAGCUGGAGGAGAAGUGCCUGGACAUCCAUCACCAGAUCGCUCAGCAGGAGAAGAGGGAUGCUGAGGGCCUCCAGAGCUUGGUCCAGCAGGUGGAUGAGGCUCUGGGACAGGACUUUGACCUGCGCUGCUCCAGUCCUCACACUGCCUUUUAUGGGGUCUCGGACAAGAACUUGAGGCGAAAAAAAGCUCAGUUCCAGUACCUUCUCAACCACCGCCCGCAGAUCCUCUCCCCAGUGCUGCCUUUCAGCUGCCGGGACCGCUGCCAGGUGCGUCGCCUGCGGGACAAGCUCCUCUCGGUGGCCGAGCACCGCGAUAUCUUCCCAAACCUGCACCGGGUCUUGCCCAAAUCCUGGCAAGUGCUGGAGGAGCUGCACUUCCAGCCGCAAGCUCAGCAGCUGUGGCUUAGCUGGUGGGACUCUGCCCGGUUGGGCUUGCAGGCGGGCCUGACAGAGGAUCGGCUCCAGAGUGCCCUGUCCUACCUGCACGAGAGCGGGAAGCUGCUCUACUUUGAGGAGCACCUCACGUUGCGGGAGUACGUGUUCCACAACCUGCCGCGGCUUAUUGACAUCCUCAAUGUUUUCUGCCAGCAGGAUGCCACCGUGCUGCUCCAGAAACUGCUCAGUGACACCCACAUCGAUGAGCUGAGGGCCACUCAGCUCCAUCACUACGUGGAGGGCUUCUUGCUGCAUGGCCUCCUCCCCGCCCACGUUAUCCGCCUCCUCCUUAAGCCCCACAUCCAGAGCCGGGAGGAUCUGCAGCUCAUCCUGGAGCUGCUGGAGAAGAUGGGGCUCUGUUACUGUGUCAACAAACCCAAAUGCAAGCCCCUAAACGGUGCUGCCGCUUGGUACAAGUUCCCCUGCUACGUGAAGAACGAGGUGCCCCACGCAGAGGCGUGGAUCAACGGUGCCAACCUGAGCGGGCAGUCGUUUGUGGUCGAGCAGCUGCAGAUCGAGUACAGCUUUCCGUUCAUUUUCCCACCCGGCUUGUUCGCACGCUACAGCGUUCAGAUCAACAGCCACGUGGUUCAGCGGUCGGAUGGCAAGUACCAGAUCUAUGCCUACCGGGGAAAGGUGCCUGUGGUGGUGAGCUACCGGCCUGCCAGGGGGGCUCUACAGCCAGAUACUCUGUCUAUUGCUAGCCACGCGUCCCUACCAAAUAUCUGGACGGCCUGGCAAGCUAUUACCCCGUUAGUGGAAGAACUGAAUGUCCUGCUCCAAGAGUGGCCGGGCCUGUACUACACUGUGCACGUCCUCUGUUCAAAGUGCCUUAAAAGAGGGUCACCAAACCCACACACUUUUCCAGGAGAACUGCUGAGUCAGCCAAGACCAGAGGGAUUGACGGAGAUCAUCUGUCCCAAGAACGGCAGCGAGCGAGUUAAUGUUGCCUUGGUUUACCCCCCCACUCCUACUGUGAUCAGCCCUUGUUCCAAAUAAAUCAUCAGUACUGGUGCCAAAGGUUUUCCACUGGGAAGAACGUGGCUGAUGCUCUACAGUGUUCCCAUCUUUCCGGUUGUGGAGUUGCAUGCCGAUGGGGAACAAUGGGACUUUGGACUCCGAGAUGCUGCGGGGCUGGGGCAGCUCCCUGCUGGGGACCUCGUGGCUGGAGCGGACACAAUCACCUGGAAGUUGGGGACGGCAAUGAGACAUGAAGCAAAAGGAUUGCUGCAGAUGGCAGGGCCACCGGCCCAAGGGAAAGCACUGGGGAUAGGAUUCUGUGGACCCACUGAUUGUGUGUUGAAAACCCAUUUGGAUCUCAUGAUGAAUGUAAAAAAUGUUCUUGAUACCAUUUAAUUCAGACCUGCUUGGAGGAAAGGCUCUUGAAAUGAGCUGUAGCAGGAUUCCCUGGAUUUGUUCCUGGACAAGAAGAAAAUAGUAAUUUGUUGCUGUGCUGUUGCAUGGAAUCCACGUUGCAAAGAAAUCACCACCUGGAAUCCUUUUCCAGCCGGAGGCCCGUUUCCCAGUGCACCCAUCUGGUGCGGGGUGCACGAGUGUCGAAGGAGCAAGAGGACAGAGCAGAUGUCGUAGCGCCUACUCCUUGGGACUGCGGCCCUCCUGCUGGGGCAGUGCCACCUCAGCAGGAGCACAGCACUACCUGGCCUUUGCAGGCACUCGGUCUGCUGUGCGCUGAAGCCAUGACGCCGGGAGUACGGCAGUAUGGAGAUCAGUCUAGUAGGGUCUAUUUAAUGUGAAAUCGUGAUCGCUCAUCCGCCCACUGUUCAGUAACUGGUGUGACCGUGUUUUCGUUUGUAUUUUUUUAAAUAUGCAAAAGCCAUUUAAUUUUCUAUGCAGCUCAAAAAUGUCUCCCAUUUGCAACUGUCAGGUAAGAGAUCUGUGCAGGAGAACCGUGCCAAGUGGCUGCUAGCCCUUUGGGUUUUGCUGUUUGCUCUCUUUUAAGGAUGCGUCCUGGGAUCCUUUGCACACAGUGUCCCUUUGCUGAGCUCCUCUCUCCUAGACCCCACGUAACAUCCCUGAGCCCCAGGGAUGAGUGCCCUGUAUGUUUGAAGGAUCUGUCAUUUUUCAUUAGUCAAACCACAAGGAAAGAGGGCUUAAAGGUGCUGCCCUAAGAGCAGAGACACGCAGUUCAGAGCACCUAUUCCUACUCUGUUCUUGUCCCUGCUCGGAGAGAUACUGAACUGUUAGAAAUGGCUAAGGCCGUUGUGGAGCACCCUGCAGCCUUUACUGAAAGUUUAUUAUGAAGAGGGUAGGAAGGACUUGGGGUAUCAGUUGUCUCUCUGUGGAGCUGACAGUGACUUUUGACCCCUUUGGAAUAGGAGGGGAAUCUCCUGGUACUAGAUGCUCACUUGACUUGAGAGGACUGCUUGCUGGUUUUGCUCAUUGGUUUGCAGAUCUCUUGCUUGCCGACCAGUUGAUUUCCUACUGAAACUGGUACAUACAGGUUUGGAAGCAGAGCUGUACGACUUUCAGCAGCUGGAGCGUGUCCCGGAGUGCCUCGUGUUACACUUUUGAAGCAAGAUGUGGGAUUCAAACCUGCAUCCGUCCAAGUGAAACUCCCACAACAGCAGCUUUGCCUUCUGCUGGGUCUGUGUAACACAGGAGAAAUUGCAUGUCCCUAAGCAGCACACAUACGUUGAGGUAGAGCCCAAAGGGUGAUGCUGCAUAUCUAGCUCUUCUUAGGGCUUGCAGGAGUACUUGGAGGCCUCUUACGACAGCAGAAGAUCCUGGAUGGUGGCUUACCUCUGCUUUAACUGUGCUAAAGGCAAAAAGGUUGUAGACAUAAGAUUGGUUCCAACCUGCCAGAAGGCUAGGACGGGUUUGACUAAUUUCCUUUCUGCAUUCUGUCUCUGCUCUGACUUUGGGGGAUUCAGCUUUAAAGCAAAACAGAAAUAGAGACCAAAUCAGGAUUUAACCUACCUUGCAGUCUCUAAAAUCAAACUGAAGAGACCGGGGGCUAUGGAAACACGCCAUCUCCCUUGCAGCAUCCUGAGAAGCAUUUAGCUGUGCUGUAGCACUGGACACUACACGGGGUCCCUGUCCUGUUCCCGUCCCUUUGUUCCUCUGACCUGGUUAAAGUUUGUCAGAGUAGUAGGGGUCCCUCGCCGCAAAGGGACAGAAUUGGCUUUGUUAAAGGGAACUGAUGAUGUUCUGGACACACUAAGUGAGGUGAGGGAAUCCUGGAGCUCAGCUCGCCUCCCCCAGCAGCCUUUGGUUGGGAUCUUGGGCUGCCAUCCUUGGAAGGGCAAUGGGGGGGAGAUGGAGAUGCUGCACUGCAAUAAGCACAAGAAGAGGCGAGCGAACAGGCCUCAGUGUAGCACUCAUCACAUGCUUCAUGGCUCAGUUCAUGAACUAUAAUUGCAGGUAUUCAUAUGAUUUAUAUAACUGGGCAGGACUCUGCACACAGACACAUGCAUGCCCAGACGUACAUGCACCACACCCACAUGCCCACACAUCCUCACCAAAAUGACUGAAAAUAAAAGUGAUCUAAAUCGC